AUGGCCCAUCCUGCCAGUUAUGGCCAGGUCAUCGAGUACAUUCAAGAUCGCUUGUACUUAGCAUCAUACACUCACACACCAGAUGAAAACACUCCUUUCCCGUAUCCCGCACAAACCAGAAGAUCGCCUCACAAAAAGGCCUCACGGGCGCAAGCUGGCCCGACGCCUGCGGUUCUCCGACCACCCCCGGUGUACUUCACUAUCGAUGAUACGCUUCUGUAUAACGCUUUUCAUGCAGACUUUGGCCCUCUGCACAUUGGACAUUUGUAUCGAUUCGCCGUACAAUUUCACGAAAUUCUAGGCGACCCAGCCAACAACGACAAAGCUGUGGUGUUUUGGAGCAGGGCUGAUGCACGGAGUCGAGCAAAUGCUGCGUGCCUGGUCGCGUGCUAUAUGGUCCUGAUUCAAGCAUGGCCACCACAUCUCGCUCUUGCUCCGAUUGCGCAGGCCGACCCUCCCUACAUGCCCUUCAGAGAUGCAGGAUACAGUCAAGCAGAUUUUAUCCUCAACAUUCAAGACAUCGUCUAUGGUGUGUGGAAGGCGAAAGAAGAAAAUCUAUGCCAGCUCAAAGAGUUUAAUCUGGAAGAAUACGAACGAUUCGAGAGAGUUGACAUGGGGGACUUCAACUGGAUCUCGCCGCAGUUUGUCGCUUUCGCAUCACCUCAAUCCGAACCUACCACUCCGAUACCAGUUUCAUCUCCUGCCUACUCCACUCUACCCUCUUGCAUACCAGAGAUCCAGAGCGCCAGAAUAUCUCAACCAUUCAAGAACGUCCUCACCCAUUUCGUCCAGAGAGAUGUCGGUCUGGUCGUUCGACUGAAUUCGGAGCUUUACUGUCCAACAUACUUUACUGCUCUUGGUAUCCAACACAUUGAUAUGAUUUUUGAGGACGGCACCUGUCCCACUCUGCCCAUUGUUCGCAGAUUUAUCAAACUGGCACAUGGCAUGAUAACGAACAGUAAGAGCAUCGCGGUCCAUUGCAAAGCUGGUCUUGGGCGGACUGGAUGUUUGAUCGGAGCAUACCUUAUUUACAGGCAUGGUUUUACUGCCAAUGAAGUCAUUGCUUUCAUGCGAUUCAUGCGUCCUGGCAUGGUAGUUGGCCCACAACAACAUUGGUUGCACUUGAACCAAGGGCAAUUCAGAGAAUGGUACUGGGAAGACCAGUUGAAGGCGAAGAUGGAGCUCAACAAACCAUCCACGCCCCGCGCCAUGUCGACCAAGACUCCAGCUCGUAUCAACAGUGGAGCGCAGACAGCAACACCAAAUCGGUCAAGCGCACAGAGAUCUGCUCUGGGGGAAAUUGACGGCAAUGACAUCUCGAAUUCUGGUUCCUUCCAAGACGAAAACCUCCCGGCACCUACUCCAGGUCAACCGAGAAAAUAUGCUCGAAUGGACCCACGCAGUCAUCCUUAUUCGCGAUCCACAUCCGGAACAAUGCGAGUCAAUGGCAACAAGGCUGACACUGAGACGGCCGCCGAGGCAAGUCGCCAGAGUAUGACCGGAGCAGACAGUGAAGAGGAACUGAUUCUGCAGAAGGCAGCAUCCCGUCGCAGCCAGAGCAAGAGCCCUGGCAGCAAGGGCAAGGCACGGAGCGUGUCAUACACCACUACCACGACCACCAUGACAAAGACGAUCGACGAGAACUUGAAGCUAAGUACCAAGAGCGAAAAGACUCAGGCGAACGGCACAGGUCGACCAAAAACAACUCCUAGGUCAGCAAGUGGAAUGGGUGCCAUGAGUGUUGCGAAGACCAGAUCGCUUCGAGAAUCUCCACGCCGCAGCGGAGGGGAAGACAAAACGAAGGUCCGGAAGACUAGUGGUCGGGUUGGGAGUGCAAAUUACGGGCCUACCGGUGUCAAGCGGUGA